GCUACCCCGAGCUUUUGGCCACUCAAUUCUUCUCUUAUCUGCUACAAUAUUUCCUUUGUAUCCUCCCCGAAACGCUAAAUUCACUCUUGAUUAGCAAUUGUUCUGCGAACGGUCGUAAUAACCAAGCUCGCUAAUUUCAGAAAUAACUGCUCUAGUUCGGACUACCUCACCAUAGCCAUGCUAUUACACCCCUAGAACGAUACCGACAUGCUUCAUCCAGGGAUAUAGUUAUUCUUUGCAACAUUUAUUCCAAGGUGUUCAAGCGAGGGGAUGCUCGAACGGGCUGCGGGAUGUCUCGAGACAGCCGGGCAGGGCUUGUUGCGGAAUUGCAAUGGCGUUCUCCGCAGCCAAAAGUCUCUAGAGCCGCAUUUUUGGAAACAACAAACUUGCGAAGCCUCAUGGCGUUUCAUUUCUUGUUAUAUCGAUAAGGCACGUCGAUCAUCUCCCUACUCCCGAGGGGCCAUACAGCACGCACACGAUCCAUUCUUAGACUUUUUAUACCCCGAUAAAUGUAUUCUUGCAGUGGGCUCUUGGGUUGCGAAGAAGAAGAAAGAGAACGUGCACCAUGGGAAAAGGCGUGCCAUGUCAAGGCUUACCAAGCAUAACUCGUCCCAAGCGUCGUGCUUCCUCUCCUGGCGUCGUGACACCGUUGUAAGGCUAAAUGUUCCCCGGUCCUUGAGGGCCAUUCAUACCGCAAAAGCAACUGUCGAUAGGCCUGCAACCAGACAAAGAGUUCUCAACACAUUAUUCGACGAGACGCGUCACAAGGAUUACGAUCGUAUGUGGGAAUUGUGGAAGAACAGCACUCAAGAACCGGGGCUGAGGUCUCGGCUGGUGGCAUCUCUGUCUCAGUCCGAAAGAUCUCUUGAUGUUGAUAGAGCUGUUUCAUUGUUUAAAAUGAUUGAUCAUCAUCAACGGACUGUGGGUGAUUACGAAUCAAUAUUUGACUCUCUACUUAGAGCUGGCCAUUUAUCGACGGUGGAGCUUCUUUGUGAUGAUGCUCUUGCUAAAGGGCCCACAAUCGAUGCUUAUGGCAUUGCCUUCACCAUAUCUAUCAUAGAAAUGAGGUGGGGAGAUGUAUUACAUCUUUGGAGAAGAAGCCAUGACAAACUCGGACGAAGCUUGUCGUCACUUGCUGAAUCUGGUGACCUUCCUGAUCAGGUUCUAUCGCUGUUAGAAUACGCGAGAAAGCAUACCGACCUCACCGGGGAUAGUAUGGACGCCCAGCUUCUAUCCAGCUUAUUGGAGGUGGUUUUGAAAUCAAAUACGAUCAUGCAACAUAUCAAAGUCGAAACAAUUCUUUCUCUGACGCGAGAAUUCAACGAUAUCGGUUUACUCACAGAGCUGCAUUAUGUACAAGGCAUUGAAACGUUGAUAAAAAUUGGGACACGUUUCUCCAUGGUUGCUGCAUUGGUUGUUUAUCGAAAUUUCAGAUGGCACUUGAGCAGCGCUAUCCCACCUACGAAACUUCUCUACCAAUUGUUGGAAACACUGGGCUCUCUAGAAACUCAUCAUGGGGUUCAGUAUCUCCUUGAUGAGUUUGUUCGCUUCCAUGAAAAGCCCUCGGUUGAAGCUUAUAUGUUGGCCCUGACUGCCUAUUCAAGAAGCGGAGAUGUGCCGAAAACCAAGGAAACUUUUGAAAAACUACUGAACCACUAUGGAAGGCCCUCUCCGAGGCUCUUUAAGUAUCCCGAAUACCCCAAAAUUCCGCGGAGUAUAAGAUGGGUUGUCCCGGUUCUCAGUGUAUACGCUAGAGUGGGCGAUUAUGCUGCGGCUGAGACUGAGUUUUACAAGAUCACACCUAUAUUCCGUUUGAAGGCCAAUAAUGCUUGCUGGAAUGUGCUUAUCUCCGCACAUGCAAACUCGCGCAGAAUCAAACAAGCUUUUAGAGUCUUCAGACGAAUGCAGAAAAAAGGGAGCUCUCCUGAUUCGUACACGUUCGCAAUAUUGAUGGGCCUCUGCGCAAAAUCCGGCGAUAUCGAAGGCACGAUGGCUCUCUGUCAAAUGGCCGAGAAAUCUAAUCAAAUGCACGCCUCACUGAUACAUGCUGUCGUGGAUGUUUAUUGUCACAAUCAAAAUCUCGAGAUGGCAGAACAGGUUGCAGAGUCUAGUUUGUCUUCUGCGCUUGCUGGAUCUUCUACUGGGAUAUGGAAUCGUCUGUUGUGGGCUCAUGCCUUUCGUGCAGACUUGGAUUCUGUUUUACGAAUCCAUGAACGUAUGAAAGAGUAUGGAAUACAGUUUAACGAGAUGACAUAUGCUGCCUUAAUGCUGAGCUUUUCUAUCGUCGGACAGCCUGCUUCAGCACGACGUCUUCUGCGAGCUCUUCAACGCAGUCGGCGAAUGCAUGCAACAGAGUUCCAUUACACUACUCUUCUUUACGGCUUUGUCAAGAAAGGAAAUCGGGACAUGGCUCAUGUCAUCUAUAAAGAAAUGGAAGAGAGAUUCGAAAAUCCUGGUCUUAGCGCACGUCUUUUAAUGUUGAGAAGUGGGCUUGCAAGAGAUACCGUUCAAGUUUUUGGAAGAGAUGAUAACGGCCCCGACUAUCGACUAUCUGCCUCCGAAGACCUGCUUUUCAAAUCUAUCUUCGAUUUCGACAGGAGGGAAUAUGCACGAAAGUAUCCGCACCCCGGAACAAGCGGCUUGCCAUAUCGCGAGGCUUUUCCCUCGCUCUACUAUGAGCCAAUUUUGAAGGCCUACAGUUCGGAUGGGAUUCAUCGCAGAAGCAAAGAACUGCUCGAUGAAUAUAUGAGGGGCAUUCAGUCUGCAACAUCCGCUGGUCAAUCCAAGGUCGUCCCGUCACUGCGCUUCUUAGCCGUGCUGAUGGAGGUGUUCUUGCAGGCUGGGAAUUUGGAGACAGUACACCUGUGUUGGGAGCUGGUAUUGGAAAGAGCUAGCGAGUUAACGAGGAAACUGAAUGUCACUGGCCUAACAGAGAGCGACUUCAGCCAACCACAAAGCGAUAUACUGCAGGUGCCUUUAGAAAGCAAGGACAAGAAAGCAACAAAAAAUCGGCAUGUUACAGUGGGUACGGAUUACAUGCAGCCAACAAUAAUACCAUCAGAGCAGUUUACUCUUUCGCGACAUUUCUCCCUCUACAUGCGAGCGAAGGGUGAAGCCCAGCAAACCUCGGAGCUACCCAAGUUAAUUGAAGACUAUGAGAGUCGAGGGUAUGCUAUGACAUCGGGAAAUUGGCUCACUUACAUUCGAACACUUGCCGCUUCCCCAAGAGUGUCGGAACAGCUUAGUGCUUUCGCCACUUUUGAGCGUAUAUUCAUGCCUAGCUUUCCUGGCUGGCAUCGACUGCGCCGUGGAGUUCAAUUGCGGCCACAAGGGACCCCUGACUCCCUCAAUCUGCUUGACUACCGACCAUUUGGUAGCAACCCAGAAACGCUUGGGAAAGCAGCUUCCAGGCUGUGGGGCAAAGUAGAUCCCACCUGGAUGCAACCAACGUAUAAUAUCAUGGUGUACCUCGCUGCAUCUCUGAAAGAAUUCAGACAUAGGAGUCUUUCCGAAGGUAGUGAAGUUUUGGAUCCUCUAUUUGAGGUCGCCCCUCAGACGAUGCAAGCUCUCAUUGACAUGCCUCAUCUACGGGAAAAAUUCCAAGGUGUUCUUCUUCGAGACCGUGUCGAGCAAGUCGACGCUGGUAAAGAAGGGCGUGACAGAUAUGUAUGGACUGGUGGUGUUCUAGGUGUUGGUGGCAAACGACGACCACACUUACGAACUGCCAUUGAACACGCAGAAUACGAAGCUGCAGAGUCUGAGCUGAAAACCGAUCCUGGCCAAUCUUAUCAAUCACUUGCUCAGGACUUGUCACCACAAGCGAGACUUGCCGAGGACGACCAUAGUAAUGAUGGAGAUAUUGACCAGACAGAACGCUUGAUGCUUCCUGAAGACGAACACAAUAUCGAAAUCGAGACGAGUCUUGAAUCGAGACGUCGUGAACGCGGCAUUGAUCCAGUCAAAGAUGAGCAGGAACGCGACAGGGGAGAAUAGAAGUCGCAGUCAAAGUAGACGGUGUCUACAGUGUAUAACCAUGUGACUCAUUAUUUUCAAUUGCUCAUACUGUCUAGAUAUUGAUGAUACCCACCAAGACUCGGCCCCAAUUGCAGGGUCGAUUGGUUGCCAUAUAUAUGUAUAUAUAUUGUACCGCAUAUAAAUUUCUUUUUAAUCAUAUAAUGUACACUAAACUAUGGUUAGUUACUGAAGAAUGUAACUCGAGGCUAUCUUAAGCAAA